AUGUCAUCUUCGGCCGCCAACUCGCUCGCCGGUGUCGUCGUCGGUGUCGACACUAGCGGCGCCUCCACCGCUAGCAAGGUCGAUGUCUCCGCUCAGUGGAAGGCUUCCCGCGCCUCGUCGUCCCGCAGCAACGAAAUCCGUGUCUUCUACCCAGAAAACAGUGCACCAGUUGCUGCCGUCUCGCUCGGCGAGCAAAAGGCUGCCCCCACCACCACCCCGGAUCUCACUCCAUCCGAAAAGACUUUCCUCCGCAACGAACAGCUCGAGCGUGUGCGUCUUGCCGCCGCAAAAGGCGUCAAGGCCAUCCGUGAUCUUGGUUCCGGGCCCGAGGACAAGGGCGAUGUCCCUGUUCAGAGGUCUAUCGCUCUCGACACAAUGUCGAGCCCGCACGCUGCCGCCACUGGUGCAAACCUCGGCCUCUGGACCGUCAAUCAUUUCAAGACCCGCGGAAAGAACGCCGCUCACGGUAAGGAAGCAAGUGUCCAGGGAGGAAAAGAGAUCAAUGUAGUACCUGUUGAGGGUGCUGCUGACGAGGCCGCCAAGAAGCAGCUCAAGGAUGCCGGUGACGAGGUUCCCAGCGUCGCUCCACUCAGCUGGUACACUGGUGAGGUCUAUGCCGAGGCACAGAACUGGGCUCGAGAGCUCAAAGAGACUCCAGCCAACCUCAUGACCCCCACCAUCUUUGGCCAGCGAGUCACUGCCGCCUUCAAGAACGUUCCCAACACCACCGUCAUCGUUCACGACGAGGACUGGGCGCGCGAGCAGCGCAUGAACUCGUUCCUCUCGGUUGCCGCCGGCACCGACGAGCCAGCCAAGUUUGUCGAGAUCAUCUACAAGGGAUCACCGGACAACGAAGCUCGCAGCGUCGGCUACGUCGGAAAAGGUAUCGUCUUUGACUCGGGAGGAAUUAGUCUCAAGCCCGGUGCUGGCAUGAAGGCUAUGCGUGCUGAUAUGGGUGGUGCUGCUGCUGUUGUGGCUACCACGCUUGCCAUUGCCAAGCUUGGCUUGCCCAUCAAUGUGGUUUGCGCGACGCCGCUGACCGAGAACAUGCCCUCGGGCAAGGCCACCAAGCCCGGUGACAUUAUCAUUGCCCGCAACGGUCUCUCGAUCGAGGUCGACAACACCGACGCCGAAGGGCGAUUGGUGCUCGCCGACGCGCUCACCUACGUGUCCGAGACUUACAAGCCUCACACGCUUGUCGAUGUUGCCACUUUGACCGGCGCCUGCAUGAUCGCCGUAGGUGAUGUUUACUCGGCUGCUUUCACUGAGUCCGACAGCCUCUGGAACGAGCUGCGUGUUGCUGGUGAGGCCGAGAACGACCUCUUCUGGCGCCUCCCGCUCAACGAUACCUACCUCAAGCAGAUCUCCACCUCCAAUGCUGACCUCUGCAACACUGGUGGUCGUCUCGCUGGUGCUUCCACUGCUGCCAUCUUCCUCAAGCAGUUUGUAGUUGGUCUCGGCGAGCGCGGCGGUGCCGCUCCCAGUGUGCGCUACGCCCACCUCGACAUUGCCGGCAGCAUGGAGGCGACCCCUACCACCACCAACGACUAUCAGCCUAAGGGCUUUACCGGCCGCCCUGUUCGUGCACUCAUUGAAUUUGCUCGCCGAAUCGCUGCCAACGGCAGCGCCAACUAA